AUGUUUUGCUCUAUCCGCUGUGUGGUUAAUAGUGCAAGAAAUGGAUCACGACACUACACGGGGUCCAGGUCACUGGAGACAAAUUACCAACGGGUGGCAGAUUACUACGCGGGUAAAUCAGUUUUCGUCACAGGAGCUACAGGGUUUGUAGGAAAGGUAUUUAUUGAGAGGUUACUUUCCAAUUGCAAGGAUAUUGAAAAUGUGUUUGUGCUGAUUAGACCUAAGCACGGCGUAGACACAGAAAAACGUUUACAAAAAAUAUUUGAUGUUCCGCUUUUCGACAAAUUAAAACAAACAAGGCCAGGUGAUUUGAAGAAAGUAAUUCCUAUCAAAGGAGAUAUUGCAACAUCCCAGCUGGGUUUAACGCCAGAUGACAAAGAGACUUUGGCUGAUAAGGUGUCAGUAGUAUUUCACUCGGCAGCUACCGUCAGAUUCAUUGAAAAAUUUCAAGAUAUGAUCAACAUUAACGUAGAGGGAACACAACGAGUGAUAGAUUUGUCUAGGAGUAUAAGAAAUUUAGAAAAAUUCGUCUAUAUUUCGACCGCCUUUUCAAAUGUACAUCUCCAUGUACUCGAAGAGAAGCUAUACUCUCAUACGAAAGAAUUAUCCGCAGUCCGACAAAUGAUACGAGACCAUGGAACAGAUGAUACGAAAGUAAAUGAAUAUAUCGCGGAUGCUAUUAAUACAUAUACACUAUCGAAGGGGUUAUGCGAAGAAGUAGUGAGGCAAAAUAAAGAGUAUUUACCGACUAUUAUAGUACGACCAUCAAUGGUUACUUCGAUGUACCACGAGCCGCUUCCUGGUUGGGUGGACAGUUGGGUGUCAGCUACAGCCGUCUUCAGUAACGUAUCCAGGGGUCUAAAUCCGUACAUUUAUAGCACUGAGGACGUCGUUUGCGAUAUUAUUCCCGUUGAUUACGUUGCAAAUUUUAUCAUCAUAGCCGGGGCUAAGGGAGCUAUAACGGACGACAUCUCCGUGUAUAAUAUAUGCUCCAGUUCGGAAAAUCCUAUUACUUGGAAAGGCGGUUCUGAUUUAUAUUUAGAACAAAGCAAACGAUUAGGUUAUUCUAAUAAGAACAUGCGAGAAAUGAAGGUAUCAAAAUCAAAAUUCGUAGUGAAUACGAUGACAUUUAUUCUGCAAACGGUACCUUGCUUCUUUGCUGAUGUCGGACUGGUCUUAAGAGGAAAAAAACCUAGACACUUCAAAGAAGCUUUUCGUUCAUCUCUACUACGAGAUAUUAUUAGACCGGCAACGUCUACAUCCUUGCUUGUUAAAUCGAAAAGGACCCAGGCCUUAAUCUCCACUCUGGAUGACCACGACAAGAAGUCGUUCCCAUGUGACGUCAACAACAUCGAUUGGAAAGAGUACAGUGCCAUAUUCUGCAGGGGCGUUCGGGAGUUUUUACUGAAAGGAAAAUAA